GAGCUAUCAAAUUCCAUUUUUGAAGCUCUCCACUCUCAUCUUUUUUCCCUCUAAAUCUCUCUCUCAACUCCUCUGCUCUUCGGAAUCCAAUGGAUAUCUCUUCUUCCUCCUCAUUCCAUCAAGCUCACAAAGUCUCUCUCUUGCGUCGUCAACCCUCUUCUCCGGUCAACUCUGUCUCCGUCAUCGGAUUCUCGCUUCCUCAGAUCACCUCUCCGUCUCUAGAUAAAUGUCGCCGGAAAGGGAGCUCUUUUGGCGUUGUUAGAGCUUGUGUUGCUGUGGAAGAGAAGACACGAACUGCUAUCAUCAGAAUUGGUACAAGGGGAAGUCCUUUAGCUCUUGCUCAAGCCUACGAGACACGAGCAAAGCUCCAAGCAAAGCACCAGGAACUCACUGAAGAAGGAGCGAUUCAUAUAGAGAUUAUCAAAACCACUGGUGACAAGAUUCUCUCUCAGCCUCUUGCUGAUAUCGGUGGGAAAGGACUUUUCACCAAAGAGAUAGACGAGGCGUUGAUAAACGGUCAUAUCGACAUAGCAGUCCAUUCGAUGAAGGAUGUCCCUACUUAUCUACCUGAGAACACAAUUUUGCCGUGUAACCUUGUGCGUGAAGAUGUCAGAGAUGCGUUUAUCUGUCUGACUGCAGCUUCAUUAGCUGAGCUUCCAGCUGGAAGCAUUGUUGGAACAGCUUCUCUCAGGAGAAAGUCUCAGAUACUCCACAAGUAUCCUUCAUUAGCUGUUGAAGAAAACUUUAGAGGGAAUGUGCAGACAAGACUAUCAAAGCUCCAAGGAGGAAAAGUCCAUGCUACCCUAUUGGCGUUAGCUGGUCUCAAGAGGUUGAGCAUGACAGAGAACGUUGCAUCAGUCUUAUCUCUUGAUGAGAUGCUUCCAGCUGUUGCUCAAGGAGCAAUAGGAAUUGCCUGCAGAACAGAUGAUGAUAAAAUGGCAAGUUACUUGGCCUCGCUGAACCACGAGGAGACAAGGCUAGCGGUUGCAUGCGAGAGAGCGUUUCUUGAGACGCUUGAUGGCUCAUGCCGUACUCCUAUUGCUGGAUACGCUGCCAAGGAUGAAGAAGGCAACUGUUAUUUCAGAGGUUUAGUUGCUUCUCCUGAUGGUACUCGAGUUCUUGAGACCUCAAGAAAAGGUCCGUAUGUGUUUGAAGACAUGGUCAAGAUGGGAAAAGACGCUGGGCAAGAGCUGCUGUCCCGAGCUGGUCCUGGCUUCUUCGGAAACUAAAGCAUUCAAAGAAGAGGAGGAGAUAGAAAAAAGGGAUGUGAUAUGGACAGUAUCUAGGGUUUAGGAGUGUUUCCAACGUCAUAGAUCCCUUUUCUUCCAGCUAAAUUUGUUGUAACUUUUGAGAGAGAAAGAUAACCUUGUUGUAUUGCUUGUUUGUAUUUAGAUUACAUUCUCUUGCAACUGUACCUUUUUAUCUAUAGAGGAACAAUAAAAACAGAGACUAUUGCAGCAGCACUGAAAGGUCAAUACUAG